UAUCCACAAAAUGUUGGAAGGGGUUUGUUCGAAUUGCAAAGAGAUGUUUGCUUAGCCAUCCAAAGGAGCGCCCUACCAUGGCUGAGGUUGUUUUCAGUCUUGAAUAUGCACUGAACAUACAAGACAAAAUCAAUAGUUCCUUGCAGGCUGGUGGCAAAACAAUAUUUAGAAGAAUGUCUGAUAGGUUUCCCUUUGCCUCCAGUGUAGAGAACUCUGCCCAUGAUGAUUUAAAGUUCUGGAAAGGUAUCCAGAGGUUGGGUUGAAAACAACACUUUCAUCUCUACAAAUCCUGAUGUUGGUAUUAGGAAGCACAAAGAAGAAGGUUUUCAGCGACAUACUACAAGUCUGCUCAUGGAAAGGCGGGGCUAUGGGUAAGAAUAUAUAAAUCGUUACAAGAUGAUGACAAGAUGAUGACAAGUUAUUCUUGUAUGUGGCACAACAUGUGUUGGAAAGUGAACAAUUGCUACCCAUCUUGGUCAAAGGCUAAACUUGCCAAAUGUUUUACAGCUAGAACAAACUCAAAGUGGACACCUUUUUCACUUCUCCAUGACGCCUCAAGUAAUGUUCAGAACCAUUUAAAGAAGAAUACUUUUGUGAAGAAGGAUAUGGGGCCACGAAUCUAGAUAGAUGAUAUCUUUACAGGAAUCUCUGAACCUAGUGAUGAUUCUGAUGUUGAAUGGAAUAUGACCAGGGACAAAAGAUGAAUAUGAUGUUGAAUGGGAUCAGGUGGUUUUCAAAAGAAUUGGGGAAAUUGGAUUUUAAUAUGGAAUUCAAUACUAAUGAAGGAGAAGAUAAUACUACUGGAGAACGAGGCAUCCAAGUUAUUAUUGCCGGUGCAGGGGGUGCAGCCCAUUUGCCAGGUAUGGUAGCUGCAGAGGCAUCACAAUUAUUAUUGCUGGUGCAGGGGUGCAGCCCAUUUACCAGGUAUGGUAGCUGCAUUGACACCCUUACCUGUCAUUGGAGUUCCUGUGCGUGCUUCAGCAUUAGAUGGCCUUGACUCCCUUCUCUCAAUUGUUUAGUAUUGGGGCAUGUUCAUCAUGCAGCGUACUGAAGGAGAAACCAAACCUGAGAAAGAGAAAGUGGAAGAUGUAAAGGGGAUGAUGGCAUUGAAAGAAAUAACAAUGAUACAGAUGUUAAACCCACUGAAAAGGUUGAGGAUGCUUCCUAGAAAGAAAGUGAAUCCAGUGUGAUUAAGGAGGACGUGUCUGAAGCUGAAGCACUUCCUGUGACUAUAGUAAGCCAAAAUUUCCUUGUUGAGUUUCUCAGUUUAUGUUUCUUGUUUUCCCAUUAUAAUAUCUUA